AUGUUUUGCAACUACUACGGCAAUUCCUGUGACUACAGGUGUGGAAACAGCUAUGACUGUGGAUUUAGUCCCUAUUAUGGCUGUGCAUAUGGCUAUGGAUAUGGCUGUGCAUAUGGCUCCUACUAUGGCUGUGGAUAUGGCUCUGGCCACUUCUGUGGCUAUGGCUGUGGAAACAGCUAUGGCUGUGGAUUUAACCCCUAUUAUGGCUAUGGAUAUGGCACUAGAUAUGGCUGUAGAUAUGACUGUGGCUAUGGAACCAGAUAUGGCUGUGGAUAUGGUUUCUGCUGUGGCUGUGGAUAUGGGACUCUCUAUGGCUGUGGAUAUCUCGCGUUUGGCUGUGGUUAUGGAACCAGAUGUGGCUGUGGAUACGGCUCUGGCUACUGCAGCUACUGGACAGUUUGCUAUAGGAGAUGUUAUUCUUCUUGCUGCUAG